GGGGGGGAGCUAUCGAUGGGGGGGUGCGUGUCGAGGUCCGACGCGUGCGUCGGAGUGCGGCGAAAGGCCCGUAGCGGCGGUGGCGGCGGAGGCGGCGGCGGUGGCGGAGCACGGCGGAGGCGGCGGAGGGGGAUCAGGAAGAGGGUAUCGUCGUCGGCGGCGGGGGCGGUGGCGGGGAGAUCGAUGGAGACAAUCGACGAGGCCGAGGCCGCCGGAGGGGCCGCCGAUCAUCGCUCCCAUGGCAAUCCUUCGUUCCCAGCCUUAUCAGGGAGCAUUGAGGAAGCAUGGUUCGAUUCGCUUGCGCUUACCGAAUCAGACGGCGAGGAUGAUUUCCACAGUGUACAGGAUGAUGUGUUUUCAUUGAAUGGCUUUGAGAGUGAAGCCGCGGUGAGUACUUCAUUGUCCAAAGAUAUCCACAGCGGAGGCGGUAACAGUAAUACGCCCUUCAACCUUUCCACUGACCAAAACCAUAGGAGCCAGAAAUCAAGUGAGCAGUCGAAAGGAAGUUUGGAGCAUGGAGUGAAACCUUUUGGCGGCCAUGACGAUAUUUCGAGCCUUUCCAUGGAUGAAACUAGUAGUAGGGGUGAGGGGGGAAUACUAAACAAUUGUGGUAUUUUGCCCAGCAAUUGCUUGCCCUGCCUUGCUUCUACUGCUCCAAUAACCGAAAAGAAGAGACCUCUUAGCUCGAGCCCGACUAACUCUAUCAAGAUGCCUUCUUUGAAGCUUCCAUUCAAGAAGAAGGCUGGGGAAGGCCAUGCUUCCGCAACUCCAUUUUCUUCAAAGCCAUUCCUUGAAAGGCCAAUUGCUGGUUCACAAGUUCGAUUAUGCUCAGUGGGGAAGAAAAUUUUUGACAGCUGGUCAUUGAUUGAGCCUGGUAGCUUUCGAGUUCGGGGAGCAAAUUAUUUUAGGGAUAAGAAGAAAGAGUUUGCUCCAAAUUGUGCAGCAUAUUACCCAUUUGGCGUGGAUGUAUUCUUAUGUCAGCAGAAAAUUAAUCACAUUAGUCGGUUUGUGGAACUUCCCGUUCCAAAUACAACUACCAAAUUUCCUCCUCUCCUUGUAGUUAAUGUUCAGAUUCCUCUGUAUCCUGCUUCCAUAUUUCAGAAUGAAACAGAUGGUGAAGGAAUAAGCUUUGUUUUAUAUUUUCGGCUUGCUGAAGAUUAUGCGAAAGAGCUUCCAUCUCAUUUUCUAGACAGUCUCAGGAAACUAAUCGAUGAUGAGGUUGAAAGAGUGAAGGCCUUUCCCAUGGAUACAACUUUACCUUUUCGGGAACGAUUGAAAAUACUUGGUCGUGUAGCUAAUUUGGACGAUCUCCCUCUAAGUGCGGCAGAGAGGAAGGUCAUGCAUGCGUACAAUGAGAAGCCUGUGCUCUCUCGUCCUCAGCACGAGUUUUACUUGGGAGACGGUUACUUUGAGAUAGAUUUGGACAUGCAUAGAUUCAGCUACAUAUCGAGGAAAGGUUUUGAACAAUUUCUAGACCGGCUGAAGCUCUGUGUCAUAGAUUUCGGCCUAACAAUUCAGGGAAACAAACCCGAAGAACUACCCGAGCAGCUGUUAUGCUGCGUGAGGUUGAACGGACUCGACUACACGAAUUAUCACCAGCUAGCUGUGCAUUCUUCUUGAUACAAAUGUGUUCUCCCAAGCCAGCGAAACGGUAACAUAUAUAUGCCGAAUAACGUGUUCAAAAUCGAGCAUUCCCUGCUACAGUGGGUGGACAAAACAAGGUGACGAGAAAUUCUCUCCGGUAUCGGUAAUUACGAAUGUAUAUUCAUGUACACGUCAUUUAUUUCGUUAUAUUCUUAUUGAGUCCAAAAGAAAAAGGAAAGAAAAGAAAGAAGGUAAAUUAAAUAGUUUAUCAUACCAUCAUCAAGAAAUAGGUGAAAAUAGAUAGUUCCAUUGUGAUGUAUGUUACAUACGUGGGAUUUUAAUCCCAUGCACUGUAGUUAAUGAAUAUUUUUCAUUGUAUUCUUCCUUAUGAGGGUCACUUUAUAUUAGUUUUCAAUGAUAAUUUGUUGUUAAUCGCAGAAUAUAUGAGCUCUCUAAAUUCCUUUUUUUUUGUUCAUAAUAACUUGCAUAACGUUUUUUUUUUGUCACAUAGGCCCAAACAUUGAAAAUUUUAAAAAAAUGGUGCUUGGGCUAUUUUCGUCACAAGUAGAUAAAAUUGAUUAAUACAAGGAACUAAAUGUGAUUUUUUAAGAAAAAAUUACUCAUUACAUGGUCAAUGAUUUGAUCAUUUUUUUAUCUCGUUUCGUUUCUAUCCUUUUCUAAUCAAUAUACAAAAUGAGAAAGAAAUUCAAACCAAAAAAAAAAAGUACAAAUGUGAAUCAAAAUUUGGUUCAUAUUUUGUACUACUGUAUUGGGGUGGUGGUGGAGGGAGAGGGUCUCAUGCAGGGGCAAAAAACAGCAAAGAAGCCGCACCGGAAGCGCGGCUGCGGGCGGCGAGCAGGAGGGGUGGCGAGGGGCGGGGCGAUGGAGGCGGUGAGGUCGGCAAUCGGCGGAGCAGAAGAAGGCAUCGGAACGGCCACGGGGGCCUCAGGAAGAUGCGGCGCGGCAUCGACGGCAGAGGAGCCCUUAUUCGCAUCGAGGGGGUCACUCCAGAUGUGUCCCGACGACCCUUGUCGACGGAAUGACACCGACGAUCGCUGCAGCUUCGUCGACAUCCUCUGAAUCUCUCUGUAAGUCUCUCUUUCUCUCUUUUGGUUGAUGAGGAAUAUUGAGGAGGGGAGUGCAAUGCAGUUGUUGCAGGGUGUGUGUUAUUUUGGUUGGUUUUUGUUAGGUAGCUUCAAGGGAGGGGCUGUGGCUUUGUGGUGCUUUAAAUUUGAACCACACAUUUGAUUUUUUCUUUCUAUAUAUGGGAGACAGGAAUAGAGAUACAAGUAGAGAGGGGUUUUUAUUUAUUAUUAUUAUUUUUUUUUUUUUGUUUAAAUUAUCUUCUUAUAUCCAAAACUGAGUGUAAAUCUUAUACCUCGUCGUACAAAGAUCAAUCUUAUCGGCCUUUAUUUUUAUUUUUUAA